AUGGCUGAGGAAGCCUCGUCGACUUUCUCCCUCGCCGGCAAAGGCCUCAAAAUCGACACCAAGGAAGAUCUCGAGAAACACAUUGACCUCCUCAGAUCAUCCUCUUCGGUUACUCACAUCGACCUCUCUGGAAAUACGUUAGGCGUCUCUGCGUGCGCCGCACUUGCACCUAUCCUGGCCUCCAAGUCAACGCUUCAAAGCGCCGAUCUGCACGACAUCUUCACGUCACGUCUUCUCGACGAGAUCCCGCCAGCAUUAUCCUCUCUACUCACCGCCCUGCUCGAGUGCCCCAACCUGCACACGAUAGACCUCAGCGACAAUGCAUUCGGUCUCAACACAAAGGAUCCUCUCGUGGAUUUCCUGUCCAAACAUACCCCGUUAAAGCACCUGGUCUUAAACAACAAUGGCAUGGGUCCCGAAGCCGGCACCGCCAUUGCUGAAGCCCUUAUCAAGCUCGCAGAGAGGAAAGAGGCGGCGAGAAAAGAGGGAAAGGAUGUACCAUACCUGGAAAGCAUUGUCUGCGGUCGCAAUAGGCUGGAGAACGGGAGCAUGCCUGCCUGGGCCAGGGCAUACGAGGCACACAAGGAUGGCAUCAAAAGCGUGAAGAUGACACAAAAUGGUAUCCGACCGGAGGGCAUUUCCCAUCUCAUUUCGUCGGGUUUGUCAAAAUGCGAAAAUCUUGAGGUACUCGACAUGCAAGACAAUACAUUCACUUUGAAAGGCGCCCAAGCCCUGGCAAAGGCGUUGGGUGGUUGGUCGAAUCUCAAAGAGCUCGGUGUUGGCGACGACCUGUUGGGUGCCCGCGGUGCAAUCAAAGUGUUUGAGUCUUUCUCCGCCGGAGGUAACGACAGUGUGGAGAUCCUCAGAUUACAGUACAAUGAUAUCAACCCAGCAGGCAUGAAGUCGUUGCUGAGAGCCGCAAAACACGAUCUACCAAGAUUACGGCGGGUGGAACUAAACGGGAACAAGUUUGAGGAGGAGGAUCCUUCUGUAGAAGAGUUGGCUGCACUGUUGAGCGACAGAAAAGAUGAGUUGGGCAAGGACGAGGACCCUGAGGAUCAUUGGGGAUUAGACGAAUUGGAUGAGUUAGAAGGAGAGGAUGAGGAGGAGGAAGACGAAGAAGAAGCCGAAGAAGAGGAAGAGGAUGAGUUAGCAGAGAGAGUCCUCAAGGAGGCAGACGAGGCUGAGGAAGAGAAAGUGGCCGAGGAGAAGGAUAAAGAAGUCGAUGAGUUGGCCAAUGCCCUGGAAAAGACGCGUGUAUGA